AUGACGUCCCGCUACCGCGUUGAGUAUGCACUCAAGACUCACAGAAGAGAUCAAUUCAUAGAAUGGAUCAAGGGGCUUCUCGCAGUUCCGUUUGUGCUCUACUCCCAGCCGACAGGCGUAUUCGAAACAAACAGCGUGAGCUUCACGCAGAUGUCAGAAGAGGCACACAGACGAUAUGCAGAGAUCAUGAGGGAUGUCGAAAACAUGCUCGAUGAUCACAUUGAACAUCAACGGGAUGGAAAUCUUCUCCCUUCAAAGCUGAAGCUGCUUGUACCAACUAUUGGUCUAUUCUUCACGCGGCUGCCAAUCGAGGCCGCCUUCAAAUAUCAGGAUCGGAAGAGGUUCAUAUCUUCAAGGCGCUUUGUGUCGCCGUCUUUCAACGAUGUGCGCCUUAUCCUCAACUCGGCACAGAUCAUGGCAGUGACAACAUACGGGACGCUUCAGCUAGCUACAUUUGAUGGUGAUGUCACGCUCUACGAUGAUGGAGAGAGCUUGGUUCCCACGAGCCCCGUGAUACCGAGGAUGAUCGAUCUCAUGCGUAAGAAUGUCAAAAUUGGCAUCGUCACAGCUGCAGGAUACACGACUGUCGAUAAGUACUACGGCCGCUUGCACGGCCUGCUCGACGCAAUUUCCCAGUCGACAGUCUUGACGCCGCAGCAAAGACAGAAUAUAGUCAUUAUGGGCGGAGAGGCAAACUAUCUUUUUGAAUUUGACGCCACAUCAGAGUACCUUCUGGCUCCAGUUCCAAGAGAGCGGUGGCUCACUCCCGAAAUGGCAGCCUGGUCCGAUACGAGCAUUGAGCGUCUUCUAGAUGUGGCUGAAGCAGCUCUGCGCGACUGUAUAAAGACCAUGAACCUGCCUGCAACGCUGAUGCGAAAGGACCGCGCCGUGGGUAUCAUCCCAACGUCACCGUCUAUCCGCAUCCCUCGCGAGUCCCUCGAGGAAACUGUGCUUGUUGUUCAGAAGAUCCUCGAGCUGAGCGUUGGUGGCCGGGACGUUGAUAACAGGAUCGUGCCAUUCUGUGCCUUCAAUGGCGGCCGCGAUGUGUUUGUUGACAUUGGUGACAAGAGCUGGGGCGUCAAUGUCUGUCAAAACUGGUUUGGCAGUAAUGGCGUUCCAAUCAAAGGCGAGAACACACUCCAUGUGGGUGAUCAGUUCCUAAGUGCUGGGUCAAAUGACUUCAAGGCAAGAAGUGUGGGAACUACGGCAUGGAUCGCCAGUCCGGCAGAAACCGUGGAACUACUGGAUGAGUUGGCCGACUUGAUGGAGAAGAAAUUGAGCUAG